AUGGCAGAACACCAGAUCCACUUGCAGCUGAUCUUUGAGAAGCUGAGAGAGAAUGAAUUAUAUGUGAAGAGAGAGAAAUGUGCUUUUGCACAAGAACGCAUCAACUUCUUAGAUCAUGUGAUCGAGUGUGGCCGAAUGGGAAUGGAAGACGGAAAGGUCAAGGCUAUUCAAGAUUGGAAAGUUCUGAGUUCCAUCACAGAACUACGGUCUUUCCUUGGGUUAGCAAACUAUUAUCGAAGAUUUGUCGAAGGAUUCUCGAAGAAGGCGGGACCCUUAACUGAACUUCUGAAGAAGAGUAAUACCUGGAAUUGCACACCGGAAUGUCAAGUGGCUUUCAAUCAACUGAAGAAAGCCAUGAUGGAAGGACAAGUGCUUGGUAUCGCAGAUGUCACCAAGCCGUUCGAGGUAGAAACUGAUGCCUUAGACUUCACUCUAAGUGGUGUUCUCCUGCAAGAUGGACACCUAGUGGCAUACGAAAGCCGAAAGUUGAACGACGCAGAAAGGAGGCCUGGUCGGUCAAACAAAGCAGCGGAUGCCCUUAGUCGAAAGAGCGAACAUGCGACCCUGUGCAUGUUAGCUCAUCUGAAAGCAAGCAAGUUGACGGGAUCCGUGGGUGAAGCCAUCAAGGCGCACCUGAAAGACGAUCCAGCAGCACAGACAAUCAUUCAGCUAGCAAAGGACGGGAAGACCAGCCAGUUUUGGGUCGAAGACGACCUCCUUUUAACCAAAGGGAAUCGUCUCUAUGUCCCGUGA